ACUGGGAUCAUGUUCGAACUUGCAUUUUUGAAUACAUUUGGAUACAUAUAUAUAUAUAUAUAUACGUACAGUUGUAUACAUAAUAAAAUAAGUUUUCGUUAUGCUUAUUUACUAUGAGUUAAUUUAAAAUAGGGAAAGAUGCCUACGGGGGCAGAACAUCCGACUUCGAUGCCCUUUCAGGAUAGUCAGUACAAUUGGACGGACGAUUUACCAGUUUGCAAACAGUCCGGAGUGGGUUUCUCCACUAAUCAAAUUUAUCGAGAAGAUGGAUAUCGACAGGAGGAGCAUCCAUUCGAGGAUCGUAGUUUUCACUGCAGAUAUGACGAUUCCACAUUUCUUUAUGGUGUAUUUGAUGGCCAUGAAGGUACCAAGGCAGCUAAUUUUGCUAUGCAACGAAUAGCUGCAGAGAUUUUACUUGGACAGUUAAAUGGCAAGUCAACUGAUGAAGAAGUAAAAGAAGUUCUUCGACAGGCAUUCAUAGCAGUUGAAAAAGGAUACUUGGAGUCAAUAGGUGAUUUAUUAGCAGAACGCGCUAGUCUACAGUUUGAUAUUCCUGAUGGGCUAAAUUCUUAUGAAACAUAUCAGAAGUUUCCAGACUUGGUUGAUAAACUAAAUACAUUAAAUUGUGAGCUGUCUGCUGGGACCAGUGCUGUAGUUGCUUUGGUUUACAGAGGACGGUUAUUCGUUGCAAAUGUCGGUGACAGCAGGGCAUUAUUAUGCAAAACAGACAGCAAUCAAGUCCUGAGAGUUGUGCAAUUAAGCGUAGAUCAUGACUUGAGAAAUGAGGAUGAACUACUACGAUUAUCUCAGUUAGGCCUGGAUGUCGAGUCAGUCAGACAAGGUUCUCAUCUUGGAAAUCAGGAAAACACACGUUGCCUCGGCAAUUAUCUCGUUAAAGGAGGGUAUAGAGAGUUCGAAGAACUGGUAUCUUCUGCAGCAGAACCCAUUAUCGCAGAACCGGAGAUUCACGGUAGCAUCGAGCUGGAUGAAUCGUGUAGAUUUUUAUUGCUCAUGUCACGUGGCUUGUACAAAUCGCUGGAAGAAGCGACCGCUACCGAUCAAGUUAACAAGGAAAUGGCUUUAAUAGCUGUAGAGCAGUUUCGAGUUCAGUCAACUUUAACCGGUGUUGCUCAAGCAGUAGUCGACAAGAUAGUAAGAAUUCACCAUGACGUGAAUAUGAGCAACACCCAGAGCACCUUGACUACCGGCAAACGAGACGACAUUACACUCUUGGUACGGAACUUCAAUUUCCCGCUACCGCAUGCUCUGAAAAGCCCGACCAGCCAGUCCGUCAGAUUCAAUCCUGUGGUGCAGACCGCACCGGUCAGGACCAUACCGGACAACGAGGAUUUCUCCAGCACUGGCAUCACUGACGACAACUUUGAUACGUCGACGACUGAGACUUCGACGACGACAACUUCGGACAUGUACCCACCCGGCGCCAGAAUAACUGACCGAAACGCCAGAAUCAAGCCUUACGUCGAUUUCUCGGAGUAUUACGAGAACGUUGAGAAGAGACGGCAAGAGGGAACUCUGCCGGAAGGUAUAGACUUCUAAAGCAUUUUAUUUAUCCACGAUUGAAAUAUUGAAAUUGUCAAGAACGGUAUUAUAGUCAUAUAUAAACACGAAUGUUCCUAUUAUUGCAACAAAAAUUUUUCAUUGAUAUUUGAACACGCAACAUAUUUAUAUACAUCUGUGCGUAAUAUAUGAAAUAUAUUUGU